AUGGCUUCCAUCGCCGCAUCAAACGUCGUCGCUUUUAAAUCCGCCGAUAAAUUCAGAGCUCCUGGCGAUGCCAGAGCCUGCCAUUUCAAGCAAUGGGCCCCAGUUGGUAGCACAAUCGGAUCGGGUCGGAGCAUUGGCCUCAAGUACAGAUCCAAGAGCAGCUCCGGUCACGUGAGGGGUCAGGUGGCCACGGUUGAACAAGCAAGCACAGGAGCAGCACCAAAAGUGGAGGGUCCUGUGGUGGUAGUGACCGGAGCUUCUAGGGGCAUUGGCAAAGCCAUUGCUCUGUCUUUGGGCAAAGCUGGUUGCAAGGUCCUUGUUAAUUACGCAAGGUCGUCAAAGGAGGCAGAGGAGGUUUCCAAAGAGAUUGAGGCAUUCGGUGGACAAGCUCUUACUUUUGGAGGAGAUGUUUCGAAGGAAGAAGAUGUUGAAGCCAUGCUCAAAACUGCGGUUGAUGCUUGGGGAACUGUUGAUGUAUUGAUAAAUAAUGCAGGAAUUACUAGGGAUGGUCUAUUGAUGAGAAUGAAGAAACAACAAUGGCAGGAGGUCAUCGAUUUAAAUCUUACUGGUGUAUUUCUAUGUACCCAGGCAGCAGCUAAAAUUAUGAUGAAGAAGAAGAAGGGAAGGAUAAUCAAUAUAGCAUCGGUUGUUGGCCUAGUUGGAAAUGUUGGACAAGCCAACUAUAGUGCUGCAAAAGCAGGAGUAAUUGGCCUGACAAAGGCUGUUGCCAAGGAGUAUUCAAGCAGACACAUCAAUGUUAAUGCUGUUGCCCCAGGAUUUAUUGCAUCGGACAUGACUGCCAAGCUAGGGGAUGACAUUGAGAAGAAAAUUUUAGAGACCAUCCCCUUAGGAAGAUAUGGCCAACCUGAAGAAGUUGCUGGACUGGUGGAAUUCUUGGCCCUUAGUCCUGCAGCCAGUUACAUGACUGGACAGGUCUACUAUACUGCUGACCCCAAGAUGUGGAUUAGAACGGCUGAGCUUCAAGUUGAGUAUGAAAUGGAAUUGCCGGAUUCUAAUGGGAUAUGA